AUGGUGACCUCGCCUCGCGCUGGGGACUCUGCAAGGGAGAGCGGGUCGGGGUCAAUUUGGGGGCCGAAUGUGUCCUUCCCACAAAGACAUGAAAAGGGCAACAUCCUGCCAAACACUAUGUGUACCACUUCCCAACACGACCGGCCACUCCGCGCGUUCCAGUCGGCGGCGACAGUACCUGCCCAGCCUCCGCCGCCGCCACCUCCGCCGCCGCGCCGCUACUCACCUCCGCCAACUCCGCUACCUCGGCCGCCGCCGCUAAUCCCCACCUCGCCGCCCGCCAACUCCGCCAUCUUCUCCACUCCGCUGCCUCUACUCCCAACUCUGCCGCCGCUAUUCCCCUGCUGCUACUCCCACCUCCUCGCUACCUCCAACUCCGCCGCCGCUACUCCUACCUCCGCCACCUCCGCCGCCGCUGCUACUCCCAACUCCGAUAAUUCCGCUGCCUCUACUCCACCUCCGCCAACUCCGCCGUUACUCCCGCCUCCAAAACUCCGCCGCCGCCGCUACUCCAACUCCUCCACUCCGCCACCUACGCGCCGCCAUCGCCGUUACUCCACCUCCGCCGCCGCUACUCCGCCACUACGCUACUCCCACCUCCGCGAACUCCAACAACUCCGCCGCCGCGCUACUCACCUCCACCGCCAACUCCGCUGCCGCCGCCCGCCGCCGCAUCGCCGUUACGGCUACGGACCGCUCAGAAUUUUUCCGUCUUUUACACCGACCGAGGACCAUUUUCCUUGGCAUGCCACUCUUGGUCGUUAUACUGCCUGUCACGGGUCCUUCCUGUCAUGUCCCUCUGACAACGAGGACCUUUUAGUAGAGUUCGAUAUCCAGCUCCCGUUUCUCCAAGAUAUUUGGCCAAACUUUACUGGAUAUUCUUCGCCGUGA